AUGAGGGCCCCCCUGGCCGCCUGCGAUUACUUGCAGCUGCUGGAGUGGGCCCCCGAAGCAGAGGGCCCCGAGGGGAGGGGGGGGCCCCCCUUCCCCGCUCUUCCCCGGGUCAAGGGGGCAGCAGCAGAGCUCAACAGACUCAUUUCCAGGCUGCGUGAGUCUGUCUUUUUGUUGCUUCUCUUUUUGUUUUUCGACCGGAGGGGCCCCCAAGAGACCUUACCUCCCGUGCUGGUGAAGGUCCACCAAGACCCAUCUGACAGUUCUGCCGGGGCCCCGGGGGCCCCUGGCGCCAAGGGGGGCCCCCAGGGGGCCCCCCAAGGUGGGGGGGCCCCCGAGAAGGGGCUGCCUUCUCGCUAUGCCAUUUGCCACCACCGGCGGUUUGUGUACAGCGAGGAGGCGGGGGCCUUUGUGUCUACUCACAGCGUGCUGCCUGAGGUCUGUUUGGGCUGCAGCAGCUAG